UUCAUAUAUCUCUCUUUCUCUCUCUUUUAUUUCUCUCUCUAAAACCAAACACGUUUAUUUUUCCACAAAACGCUGUCGUUUCUCUCACCAACCCUAAAAAUAAAUAAAAUCCACCUAACCCUAGUUUUUUCCCCUUUCUUCUUCCGCCGCGUUUUCAGAUCUCGAUUCCCUUUUCUCUUUCCCUCAAUUUCACCUUCAAUUUCUUCUCUUUUCUUCCGAUCGAUUCAAUCUUCGAAUAGAUCGUGAAAUUCUCUUUCGAUUGAACCUGAUUUUGUUCGAUUCGUUUCACGUUUUCGGUUUUUAGGGUUUCCGUCUCCGAUCUUCUCGAUCCGAGCUAAAGGCAACAAUGGUGCAGAAACGUCCUUUCGAUGCUGAGGAGAUGCUUGAGGUGUCGUUCAAACACCCGAAACAUGCAGGCCCCAGCGAUUUUCUACCGUUGACAGAAUCUGUUUUCCCCGAUGAUGAUUGCGACACCCAAUUGGCUAAGACUUCAGAGGAAGGAUAUGCACAAGGUGGUAGUGAUUGUAAUGAGAAGCUUGCUGUUGAAACUUGUGAUGGACAUCCUAGAGGGGCUGGGGACUCUCCUGUGAUAGGUAUUCCUGCUUCUUCUUGGGCCACCAGUUGCACUACUGAAGAUGAUCACCGUUUAGAACAGCCUAUACAUCUUCCCUUUUUUCAUGAGUACUUCAGUCCAGAACGGCCAAUAUAUUUCAGUCCGGAACGACCCAUAAGGACAUUAACUCAUGAGGACCUCUAUUCCAUACUCCUUGAACAUUCUCCUCGCAAGCCUGUAUCAGUAGGAGCUGACCAUCAAGCUGAUGUUCCUGCAUGGGGUUUUUCUGGGUCUGAUUCAAACCUCAAUGUUAGGGAUGGGGAUGAAGCUGAAAAAAGAUUGAUGGGGACCUGUGUUAUCCCUAUGCCUGAGAUGGAAUUAUCUAGCCUUGAUGAUGAAGUUGGAAAAGGAAGAACUGAUUGUAGCUGCGAGGACAGGGGAUCUAUGAGAUGUGUAAGACAACAUAUAAUGGAAGAAAGAAAAAAACUAUUAAAAACCUUUGGGAUUGAGAAAUUCAUUGAAUUGGGGUUUGCUGGCAUGGGAGAACAAGUGGCUCAAAAGUGGACUCAAGAAGAUGAACAUCUAUUUCACAAGGUAGUCUUCAACAAUCCAGCAUCCCUCAACAAGAAUUUCUGGAACUAUCUUUCCAUUGUUUUUCCCUCACGAAGCAAAAAGGAGAUAGUGAGUUACUACUUUAAUGUCUUCAUGCUUCGAAAGCGAGCUGAGCAGAACAGGAACCACCUAUUAAGUGCUGAUAGUGAUAAUGAUGAGUGGCAAGGUAGUGAUGACAAUGAAGUUGCUACCCAUGAUGAAGAUGAGGAUUCUGUUGCUGAGUAUCCCAUCUAUGAAGAUGAUACUUGUAACAAUAAUAACCACAAUGAUGAUCACUUAGAGGAUUAUGAUGAUGAUUUUUCUGAAGAUGAAAUCUGUGCUGUUAAUGGAAUAGUAGAUCAGACCAAGAGGAACAUUGAUGAUGAUUCUAAGUAUGAUUUUCUUGAUAUACAUCACUCUAGUGGUUCCCCUCAUCUGAUUCAAGGCCAGGACCAACAUGUUUGGGAGGAAAAAGUUAAACAUGAUCCAUACACAUCACAUGACAUGGGAGUUGCUUCAAGGGAGACCAAGGUGAAGAGUGGGAAUGGUGAUCAUUGGGGCAGUAACUAUAAUAAUGGAGUAAGCAAUGGUUACAGCCAAGGGUAUGUGAUGGAGCAUUGUGAUGCACCAGGGUGGGAUCCUGGCUUUGUAUCUUGCUCUAAAAGUAAGAUGGAUUUCUUACCUACGUGUAGCAUGAUAGAAGAGGUUUUUGGAGAUGGACGUAGGCAAGACAUGAGAAGAGCUUGAUGGAUUCAAUCUCAGUUAGCAUCUUUCUUGCUAAGGCUAAGAAGGGUGAUGAGAUUUUUUAAUUUUCUUUUGUACAUUUGACAUAAGGUUGGAAAAGUUACCUUCAUUGUAAAAUAGUGUUUUGGAAGGUUAUUCCGUUUGAGUUAUGUCCCAAUUUUUUCUUCUCAAGUCUUUUCUGGAAUUUGUACAAUUUCUUAUUCCUUAAUUUAUGGUCAGUUUCCACAUUGGUGUGGAUUUAAGAUUAGAGGGAGAAAAUAGACAAAUAGCUGAUGGGAAAGAAACCAUUUUCUGAUGUAAUUGUCAUUGUUUUAUCCCUAAAUGAAAAUUCUUACUGGUAGAUA